CAGGGAGCAAAGGGGAGGGAAAGUAACAGAUGGACUUGGGAGGAUUAGAGGGAAAUCUGGGUGGGUUUCUGAUGGAAACUCACCCAAAGAAGCACGAGGGAGUAAUAAGGGAGCAUGAAAAAGAAAGGUGAAGGAAACUGGAACCCUGCUUGAAGACAGGUGAAGGAAACACAAAAAGAGCCUCUCCUGAGAUCCAAGGAAAGGUGGUCGUUCAGACAAUGACAGCAUGAGUGUCAGUAAGCAUUAAACUCAUCCACCUAACCCCGCAAGAUUACCACAGAUUACCAGGCCACGAGGUAGGCCUGAGACGCUGGACUAAUCACUUCUUCAUGAGUUCAAUCCCUCUCACUGAGGUGGAGGAACAGGUUGAAGAACGGGAUGUGCCCUGAGAGUGGAACCGAUUAGUCUCAAAAUCCACAGGAUAAGAUUUAGAUGUUUGUCUUUAUCUGAGAGGGGAGAAGAUAUUAAUAUGAGACCCGAGCGGUGACUGCAGUAGAAACAUGGGCUAAAUUUGUGACCAAAGUCUCCAAACGGAAACAAAGGUCCCAAAUUUAAACCUGGCCUGCUUCUCUUCAUCAUGCUUAUUUCCUUUAAGUGACACUGCAGCAGGAGGAGAGUUAGAGCUCCCCCUGCAUCCUCUGGCCCGCACAUCUGUCUCUUGUUGCUGGAAAAGAUUAAAUCCCAUAGCUUCAUCUUUCUUUAUUCCACUGUUAUUUGACCUUUGCUCAGCGCUAGCUCUCCUUCUCCAGCGCUGCCCUACUUCUAUCUCUCCAACAGACUACUUUUUAUCUUCCCCUCCGUCCUUCGUUCCACUUCUCAAAUACCACUAAUCCCCUCUCCUCACUUCUGUCUCUUUCCUACCACUUUAUUUUCAAUCUCUAUUGUAUUAUUGCAGAAAGCUCCCCAAUCUUCUGCUCCAGACAGGUCACCAGAACCUGUCUGGCUCUUGCAGCUAUUUUUGACACACACUUGCCAAAACCAUUUCAUUUCUCAUUUGGCUGCUUUUGAGUUGAGACACAGUCAUGCUGGAGAAAAUGUCCAGACGUAACCGCUCCCUGCUGUCACUGUUCCUCACCUCUCUGGCCCUCACGCUGUCCGUCUGGGCUUUCUGCACCUCUUAUUGGUGCGAAGGGACACACAAGGUGGUGAAGCCGGUCUGCCUGUCGCCAGUCAAGAUGAAAAACUGCGGGCAGAACAACAGCCAGCCAUACACCACAGAGGUGCCCACCCCAGACCCCAGGAACCCAGCCUCCAAUGUCACGCUGUCUCCUCAGCAGAAGGAGGAGCUGGAAAGGAUAAGGAAAAAGCAGCUGGCCAACGCUGUCCACUACAUCUGGGAGACAGGAGAGGACAAGUACAUGCUGAGAUACUUCCACACUGGCUUCUGGCUGUCCUGCGAGAAGCACAAUGAAGGUGCAGAUCAGGAAGAAAAGUGUCGAAGUUUCAUUGAGCUGACACCAGGAGAGACACAAGGUGUGCUCUGGCUGUCUGUCAUCAGUGAGUUCAUGUACAUCGGUCUCCUGGCUAUGGGCUUCUUACUGAUGUGUGUGGAAGCACUGUGCCUCUGCGCCAAGAGGGAAAUGAACGCCCUCAAGAUCAAUGCCUUUGCAGCCAUGUGCACUGUCCUCUCAGGCAUGAUGGGGAUGGUAGCUCACAUGAUGUACACAACAGUGUUUCAGAUGACUGUGAGCAUCGGACCUAAAGACUGGAGGCCACAGAGCUGGGACUACGGCUGGUCUUUUGCCAUGGCAUGGCUUUCAUUCAGCUGCUGCAUGGCAGCUGCUGUGGCCACAUUGAACUCCUACACCAAGACCAUCAUUGAGAUGAAGCACCGGGCUCGGGUAAGGCUGGAGGAGGCCCGAAAUACCACCAGUGCCCCCUCCUAUGAGGAGGUUGUUCGAGCUGGGCCGGGAGGGAUUUACUCCGUCAGUCAGCUGAUGCAGCUUGGACAACAGGGGGCUCUAAUGGACCCAAUGUGGCCCAGAGGAGUGGGACCAGCUGUUGGACCUCUGGCAUGUGGCGCUGGGGGAGCACUGCUCGUUGGUGGAGGAGGAAUUGGAGUUGGAGGCAUGGGUAAUCUUGGCGUUGGGAUGGGACUGGGAGGAAUGCCAUCUAUGGCAGGUGCUGGGGGAAAUGGUGUUGGAAUGGGAGGGAUGGGAGGUGGAGCAGGGGGAGGAAUGGGAGCAGGUGGAGUAGGAGGGGGGAAGCUGGCAGACCCUCAUGGUGUGGUUGUGGUGGAAGGCUGCGGCACCGAAGGAUGUGAAGAUUGUGAACGUGAGAUGGACGAGAUAAAUUAUGCCCUCCAGGAGGAGCGAGAGGACUCACUCUGCUAAGACUUCUCGGGGCAGAAGACCUCGACAAACAUCUCUCCACGGCAGAUUUUACUUAUCUCACUAAAACUACAAUAAAAUAUAUUUUUUAAAAAUUCACAGGACUUGCACAGACACACACACCUUUAACCUUUAACUGCAGUUUUGUACAUGUGGGGUUGUACAAAUGAAGUUUCAAAUCAAUUCUGGACUAUUUUCAGUACUACAUCUAUUACAGUAUGAGAAUUUCAAUUUCUGGACCAGUAGCGAGCAAAAGAGCCCGAACUAUUAGUGUUGUGGUUUAUUACUGUAAGAGUUACCACAGUAACAUUUUCAUCCUAUCUCAGUAAUGUUUCUGUCCACAUGGCAAACUCUGCAGACGUAUGUGCAGUAGAAGAACCAAAAUAACUGGCUUAAAGACAAUGCAAGCUUCACAGAGCUGCAAAGUUGGGAUUAUUAUAUUGGCAAGCGAAUAUUUGAAUAGGGUUUAAUACUUGAAUCAGAAUAUUAUGAUGUAACAUUUAUUAGAUUUGCCCUUCUACAUGUCUUACACAUGGAGUUAGCUUACAGUUGUUCCUGGCUGGAAGUACAUAUAACUUUAGGCAACUGAAAUUUAAACACACGCACACACACACACACACGCGCACACACACUCACAGUUUGAUUUUAUAAAACUGCACAAAUCAUUUUGUUUUUCAAGCCUUACAUUUCUUCAGGGAUUUGAUGUAAUUCAGUGACUCGUUGGAUGUUAGAGAUGAUGUGAAUGUAUUCAAGGGGCAACAAUACAUAACAAAUAAUAUAACACAAGUUUGCAAUCACAUUUGCUGUAUGUAUAUUUUUAUUUUUAAUCUGUUUUUGCAUGAUUGUAUAAAAUUCUCUCCACAUUAAGGUGAUGAAUAAACA